AUGUACAUGACUACCCGUGCCCUUGGGUCGGAGCCCGUGGAGGUUCCGAUUUUGGAUGUUGAUGGAAUUAAGAGACGAUGGGUCAUGCAGAGGCAGACCGUCCAUCACCCAAUCUGCUCACGGGGAGCUCCAGUACGGCGCUUACACAGUCGAUGGACCAACCCAACAGCAGAUCGGACACACGUCAUUCGACGCCAACGGCUAGCCAUCGCUGGCUGCAGGGCUAGCAGGACUCUCGUCCGCGAGGGUUGCCAGUUGCCAGUUGCCAGGUUCCCCAAGAUAGGCGCCGUGAGCAGCGGGGAUGUCACUCCAGGAUGCCGGGAUGCUCCUGGAACAGCCCAAUCAAGCCCCCCUGCAGCAGGGCUUGUGGGACCUGCAACACUCGGUGCCCCAGGACGUGGUGGGAGACGUCCCAGUGGGUGCGCCGCUGAUCCUGGCACCGAUGUGGAUGUGGCGCCGAUGGGCGACGUGGGAGAUGCGGGCGAUGCACACUGAACGACGAGUCGGCCUCCCACCGUUCGAUUUUGGGAAGCAUCUGACGAGGCUCAGAGUGGAGGUGGUUCGAUGAACUAUAGACGAGGAGGGGAAGGACG